UUUUAAGUGACAACUGUACAAAUGCAUUUUAGGGUCAUUUAGACCGCUGCGUACAACUAAGGUUCUAUGUUAUGUAUUGUGCUUAAAGCAUUAUUCCACCUAAUUCCAGUCUUAAUCUCUAGGUUUUUUUCAUUUUUGACUUGUAUUGCCACUGAUUAAUGUCCCAAGUCUUGGGAAAUCUUUGGGGUAUUUUGGGGAAACUCCCGAAGUCAAGUGACCUUCACCAAUGUUUGUGGAAAUUUUGGAGUUUUUGUGCCAUUUCCCCAAAGUUCACUAUAGCUGCUUCCCCAAAAUUGGGAGCUCGAGGUCUGUUAAUCUCCUUACUGAGUGUAUGUGGGUUUUGUGCUACCACUGUGCUGUCAACUAUGCUUCAUUUCCAGCUCUGUCCACGCACUACUCCGCACUCCCCUUUAAUACCGAAGUGCCUACAGGCGGAACGUGAACCGUUACAAUGUGAUGAAAAGUAAAAUCACACUUGUAUAUUGCCUAAAACGCUUGAAGAAAGCUGCAGCUUUAUUCAAGAAAUGGUUCUCAUGAGAACUAUUAAUUAAUACCAUGUAGUAAAAAUGAUUACAAACACUUCACUCUGUCCCUGAAGACUGUAUAUGACCAAUUGUAUGUAAUUGACUCGACCCCAGAAUCCUGACCUUUAGUCCUGAAUGUUGUAUAUAAGCUAAUUAUAGAGUUUCUCCCAUAUUAUCGCAUGAAGUUCAUGAAUCAGUAUGACUACGUACCAAUUUAUGUUCGUAUUACCACGCGUGCUAUUUAAAAAGGACUGGUAUUUUCUUUCGCUGGGUUGGUUUUCUUGUUUUGACCUUUUACUACGCAUCGAGACUACUGUUUUCGUUUUAAUUGGGUUUAUUUUAAAGUAAUCUCCCAAAGUACCUUUUUUAAAAAGUAAUCUACCAACUGUACUUUUGAGUACAUUGGUAGUUCUUGUAUUUGAUUCUACCCUUGGUUUAACAACUCAGUUCACUUUUCUAUAGUGAUCACUUUCUAUUGUCUCUGGGUAUUGUUUGUGUGGUUUCUUUUUUAAAACCUCUGACUGACAACUGGGCAGUGUAAAAAAGCAAUUGUCAACUCCCAGACUGUCUAUACCCUGUGCAAACCAUCAUGCAGUGCAAUGAGUGCAAAUGAUAAUAUCACGAAUCUAACGCUUGUAGCUUUCGAAGGGUUUAGUAAAAUUAGUUGCAUUUGAUUUUGUCAGCAAUGCUGUUCGGACGCGAAGCCAUUGCAAUGGUGAUUGCUGCUAAAAGGAGUAUUAACAAGCGUAGUUGAGACAUUAAAUGGUACUCUCUCGGUCGACAUACAAAUUGAUGUAAAGUUACCUUAAAUAAAUUCAGAGUCGAUUAACUUACGCGGACUGAUUGAGGGAGGAUAGAGUUCAAAGAGAUCUGUUAGAAAUAAAAGCUCAAAAAAGGAAGUUUUUCUGCUCCUCGCCCUUCGAAUGGCAGCGGACAAAAAACACCUGCAGACCCAGUCGCAAGGCUAGGUCUAUUUCUAGCGAGAAAAACAACAACCUAACUACCUAAGUUAUCGACAGUUAUCCAGGAUACUACUGUAUGUGUAACACGACUGUAAUUGCUACUCCAAUGAAUGUAGAUGGAUGGGUAAAGAUCAAUCAUAAAAAACGACUUAAUGUUGCUAAGGAAAAGUUUGUCCCUGAAAUAGCAGCUGAGAAAUUGAAGACUGAUCAUAUUGAAAGGUCAGUUGUCUUCAAUCGAGUCAAGGAAAGUGAAAGCUCAGAACCCAGAACUCGUUUUGAGCAUAACAUUGAGUUGGUAAAAUACGUACUAAACUAGCUAACGCCUCAGGAUAUCUCCAAAGUCACCUUAUUAAGGGUUUAUAGACUGGGUAGCCAAAUGGACUUGAAACAAUUAAACCAGGCUUCUAAAAGUAUUAGUGAAAGGAACUUGAUACUACGGUGGUCUUGAGUGCUGUUAGAGAUAUGAGGGCGAUUACUACUUCCCGGAUGCCCACACCGUGGAAGGGUUGUUCUGGAGGUACCUGAAAAGGAAAUUGGAUUAGAGGUGGUCUUAAUGAAUGGAAUGGACAUAAACUAAAGGGGUCAGGAUUUUUGUCCUCAAAGAAUUGCUGCUCGCGGACCAUAUAAAAAGAUGAGUUGAAAACGAAGUAAAACUAGGGUUAGAUGGUGGAAAUAAUGACCUUAAAAUUGUAAAUUUUCGGGUGGUGAGGCUCUGGAGCCACUUUGGGUGCAUCAUGGAGCCAUUUAAAUGGUCCUCAAAUCUGUUAUGCAAAUGUCCGGAGCUACAGAUAGACUCUACCAAGCCAGAAACUUGGCUGCUGCAGUCUAUAGACAGUAGGGGACUAGUAGUAGCUCCAUUCAUUCGAAAUACUAUCCCAUCUGUCGUUAUUGAUAACAUGUCCUAUAGAAGUGGGACGUGCUUAUUAGUUAAUUGCCACUUGAAAUACAAAAGGGAAGAGCCGCUGAUUGUUUUUAGUCUACCGAAGUCCAAACUUAAGUGAGUAAAGUCUUGUUAGACGGUUUCAGCUCUUGGUCAUCAAGUGAUCGGUGUUUAAUCGUAGGAAACUUUAAUGCACCUACGGUAGACUUGAAAAAUCUGAAGACUGAACCGUCAUAAAAUUAUUUCGAAUAGAAACUCGUUGACCAGCCCGGUCAUUAAGACCAAAGUCCUCCAGUGAAACGGCUUGGAACGCAUCCAGAAAUUCGUACAUAAAAGUCACUGCACCACAUAUCCCUUGGACUACACCAAGGGGUCUGAGAAACUCCACCGUGGUUCAGUAAAGAGAUUUGCACCCUUCUCUAUAAGAGGGGAAAAAUAUCGCUGCUGACAAGACAAUCUCAAUAUUGGGAAGCUCGAAAUAUUUAUGCCUCGACCCUCCGCAAGUCUACAAGCUUAUAAGAAGAAAAGCUUGCACAUGUUUUAAUCUAUCUGUAUCCCAGGGUGGAUUACCAAAAGGCUGGAAGAAUGCCAUAGUAAGUCUCGUUUUCAAAACAGGUACAAGACAUAAACCUGAGGAUUAUUGACCCGUAAGCCUAACCAGCGUGACUGUUAAAAUUUUAGAGAAGAUUAUUCAGAAGGAAUUGUUUAAGUACCUCGACGAAAACCGGAUUCUUUCUGAAAAGCGACAUGACUUAAGAACAGGUAAUUCAUGUUCCACUAACUUAUUAGUAGCCUGUGAAAGUUGGUACGCUCUUAAAUACCGAAAUUUACUCAUAAACGUAGCUUACAUUGACUUCAGCAAGGCUUUUGGCAAAGUUCCUCACAACUGGCUGUCAUAUAAGUCAAGUUAUAUCGGGGUUAGAGGCUUUUUAUUUAUAUAGAUAAGGGACUUCCUAGUUGGACGUCAACAAAGAGUACGGGUGAACUCGAAAUUGUCUAGCUGGGAAACAGCUUAGUGGAGUGCUUCAUUGUAUAGUUUUGGGACCAGUGUUGUCCCUUCUCUAUGAAAUGACCUUCCUAGUCUCUCAUCAUCGGUCUUGUUAUAUGCUGACGAUGUCAAGAUAUGGAGGGAUAAAAAGUAAAGGUGAUUGUUCGGCGCUUCAAAAUGACCUGGAGAAAUUAUCUGAAUGGUCUAAAAUUUGUCGGUGGUCGAUACAUACACGAUGGAUAACAGUGAGCUAUCUGUCGUCCAGACACAUUAACUUGAAAGUCAUCGUUAGCGAAAACUUAAAAACUACCGCACACUGCCAUGCGAUAGCCGGGGAAUCUUAUGGUCAAUACGUGGGACCUUCAGCUGUGUCGAUACUAAAACACCUUUAACUUCGUAUACAGUAUUCGUUCGUAAUAAACUCGAGUACUGCAUACAAGCAGCUAUCCCUUGCCUAAAAGCAGACAGUGAGCUCCUGGAAGAGGCUCGAAGAACUGCAACUAAGCUGACUCCCGGAAUAGCAAAUCUCCCGUAUGAUGUUCGAUUGGUUAAAAUAAGCCUACUUACAUUAUCAUAUAAAAGAACCAGAGGCGAAUCGAUCACAGCUUUCAAAUUACUGAAUGGUAAAUUUGCAUCUGAUAUGCCCUCAUUUUUGUUGUCUUUCAAAACAGAAUUUACGAGGACAUUAAGAAAAUUCACAAGCCCAGAACAAAUUACUUGUCAGUUGACUAUCGACUUUCCCAUGGAAUCAUCAACGAGUGGGAUUCGUUACUUCAACACGUGGUCGACGCUUUCAAAAUUAAGUUUGAUCAACUGAGAGAUCACCAUUGCCAGGACUAACAAAGACCACUUAGCCUCCUAUUCUUUUCGGACCAAAAGACUCCAACCCUUAACCUAAUUAUCUGAGCCUAACUAAGAAAAAUAUGAGGAAUCUUGGAAGUCCGUUUAGGCCCUUAAAAGGGUUCGAGAAGAUAGACGGUAUCCACUGGGACGAGUUUAUCGUUAUGGGUGGAGUAACCGUAAGAAAAAAUCAAUAGACUUAUUAAUUAGAUAACAUCGGUUGACACUUUGCAAUAUUGCUGUUGAAUUUUCCAUAAAUUAUCCACAUAUAAGGUCUUUUCCGAUUAGUCAGGAACUGAUUGACUACUCGUUGCGGUUGUUUUAAGUUCAUUCGGAAAGUAUAUUUUAAUUAGUCAGGCUUACUGUACAGUUACACAGAUAAUAGCUCCAUAUAAACAUGACUAAAAGCUCAAUUCAAAGAACGUAUUAAUUGUUUGUUACUUCUCUUUACUUACAUGCUUACCGUUUAUUACUACAAAAAGGUACAUGAAGACAAUUAUUUGUAUUUUCCAGGUUAGCCCUAAAUUUAAGUAAAAUUUAAUCCAAAGUUUUCGUAGUACCUUGAAUCGAUAGCUUUUUUGUCAGUCCGCCAUUGCUAGGAUUUCUUCUGCUGAAUACUAUUCUUUUGUUUUGUCGACUUUUGAAUAUUAAAGCUGAUCCGGUUAAAAUGAUCCCUUACAUAAGAGUAGAAUUUCUGAAUUGUUGACACUACUAGAAUUAGAAAGCAAACUACAAUAAACUAAGAGUAAAGGUGGGAAUUUUGGCUGCGUUUACAUUGAAAAAAUCAAUUGUCGUUGAAUGCUAAAUCAAAAAUAUCAACUGUAACUUAGCUAAUGGUGUUCUCGUUUUCACGCUUGUUGUAGCUUAUGUCAUAAUCCUCAAUGAUGUAUCUACCUUGAUUAGUUACGCUUAAUCCAAUCUAUCAAUUUGACCUUUAGAAGUUCAUGAUUUGUUUCCGAAUUUCACAUGUUUACACUGAGCCACAAACCAUCUGUUUUAAUGGCUUAAAUGAGCUGAUCCAGCUAUAAACAGUAUUCCAUCACUCAUUUGUCCAUAUCGGAUAUCCGUUUUGGCUACUUAGUCUGACGAUCCCUUUGUAAGUUUUCGAAUUUAGGCGUCGGUGUGCUGUAAGGAGCACGAAAAUAACCACUAAAAUUAUAUAGGACAACCUUCAGUAAUAUCUUUUUAGAAGAGUUUUAAAAUAGUAUCACUAUUCAUAUACGAUCUUUUGUGGAUUGAUGACAGAUCUAAAAUCCACUUCGUUUUUAUAUUGAAUCACAACACGGAUCAACAACCAUUUUAAAAUCAAUAUGGUCUUGCUAAAUACUAAAGCUUGGAAUUAGUCCAGUACGUACUGAAGUACUAUUAACAUCUUCAAGAAUGAUUUCUAAGCAUCAGCAGCAUUGUAUAUAUGUACCUUAGAAACUAGUUAAGAUCUAAGUGUCACAAGACUUCAAAAAUGAUGGAUAGGUUGUCUAUUUUAUGGCCAUUUAAAUCAUAAGUGUUAAACAAAGAAUUUCGUAUGAUUAUAUUUUAUAAGUGUACCUUGACAAACUUAAGCUCUAAGCAUAUUAGUUCGUCGAUUCAAAUUUUCACUUGUAGAAAUUAAAGUAGGUUAAAACUGGCCUAAAUAAUAAAACCAGUGGAUUUUCUAAAGUAUAAAGAAGUGAAUUAAUAUCCACCAAUCAUUAGGAUAAUCCAUUAAUAAGGAGAAAGCUACUCAUAUGUGUCGUUGAAAUUUACUUUAGGUGAGAUUACUCAGUCUAAAACCAGAUUCUCUCGUGAAAUGCAUUCACUACGUUAACAGUUUCUCCCUGCUAUUUAACUGUUAUUAACUUUUUAAAUUAAUAAUUCAUCUUAGUCCGAGCUUUCCCGAUAAAAUAAUCUCAGUUCAUAUAAGUUCUCAAUCUCAUCAGUCUAUUCCGUUAAAGCUCAUCACCUCCUCAACCCCCUUAUGUUUUUAUAGCCCAAUGCUUUCACCAAAGAUCAUCGAUUCUUACUGAACUUCAAGAAUCCUACAUACUGUUCCUAUAUAUACUUAGCCUUUUCAGGUGAAUUGGGUUAUCACUCAGAAGACUUGAAUUUCAAUCAUUAAGUUCCAAGUUCAGAUCCCACUCUACACACUCAGUUUGAUUUACAAUGUUGUUCCACUGUUCCUCAAAAAUAAUAAAGGUAUUCAGUUUUUCCAACAAUGAAGGUAAUGUAAGUUGAUACCGGUUACUUAGAAUUGUGUAUUCAUGCUGAAAUUUAUUUGGUGAUCGAGACUGAUGUAAUUUACUAGAGAUGCGAAGCGCUCAAUGUGCUCAACUAUCUUAACAACCUGAAAUCAAACUUCAUAAUUCUGAAGUUCUUUGUACUUGUUAGGUGGAAAACUCAUGAUAAAAGUUUUAAGGAUUUCCCUCUGUCUUCGGACAGUUGAAUAGCUAUGUAACUCAGUAACUACUUGCACUUUCAUGUACUAGACCAUAAUCCAUACAUUGUGAGAGUCAACUAUACAUCCUGGUUACUCAACUCUAUUAGGUGAAUUUUGAGGGUAUGGGAUCUUCAAACAACUUUGGAGGAAGAAAGUCAAAACCAAUUUAAAAUGAGUUUUCUUCGCACCAAUUUAUUUAGUGUGAAUUCUGUUCAUAGACUUUCACUAUGAUUUGUGUUCAUUCAAAACUACUCAGUUCCCAAAUCAUAAUAAUUGUAAUCGACAUAUUAUGGGUAAUCUUAAAUGCAUUUUUGAAUUUCUACUGUCUUAAUCAACAAGGCUUUUUCACAACUAAACUUCUUAAUCUUGUUAGCGGAACAGGGAAGAAGAGAUUAGCAAAAGCCUCAUGCACUAUAGUGAGGUUGAAGCUAAUAAUAGCAUCUUCACUUUUACCGAAAUUUCAACAGAUAUUUUUACAUUAUAAACGAGCUGUGCUUUAAUUGUGUAAUUUGUUGAGUUUUUCCUACUUAUUUCAGAUGGACUACAUGAUAAGUACAGUCGAUAUAUUCAUUUCUUGUUAACAAAAGAAGGCCGCUCCUCAUAAUCAAUUCAUUUCUUUCUCAAUGAGGCUAAUUAAUUCAGCCAUUAAGUCUCCUUUUCGUCUAUUAAAAAGACAAUUUUCAAGUCAAAUUCAAAUUUGUAUCAUUGGUAGUGGCCCAUCAGCAUUUUAUACUGCUCAGACCUUACUAAAAAACCAUCCAGGUGUGCAUAUCGAUAUGUUUGAAAAACUUCCUUCGCCUUUUGGUCUAGUCCGUUAUGGUGUUGCUCCAGAUCAUCCUGAAGUAAAAAAUGUGAUAAAUACUUUUACAGAUGUUGCUAGGAAUACACGAUUUUCUUUCUUGGGCAAUGUUUGCAUUGGAAGAGAUAUUAGACUGAGAGAAUUACAAGAAGCUUAUUCAGUCAUUAUUUGGGCUUAUGGUACUGCUGUUGAUCGGCGUUUGGAUAUUCCUGGAGAGGAUUUACCAGGUGUUUUGUCUGCUAAAGAUUUAGUAGGAUGGUAUAACGGUGCACCCAGCAACGUCAAUUUUUCUCCUGAUCUCAGCUGUGAAACAGUUGCUAUUAUUGGUAUGGGGAAUGUAGCAGUUGAUGUUGCACGGAUUCUUCUUUCUCCAGUUGAUCGAUUAAGGUCUACCGAUAUACCAGAGCCUGUGAUUGAUUGUCUAUCAAAAAGUAAAGUUAAGAAUGUCAUUUUAAUUGGUCGAAGAGGUCCUUUACAUGUGGCGUUUACUCUAAAAGAAAUUCGCGAACUCUCAAAACUUCAUAUAACUUCAUCUCAGUCUAAAUGUUUCAUAAACUUACUACCAAAGGAUGUAUUCUCUGUAACUAUGGGGACAUCUGAUCAAAUUCAAGAGUUGUUAUCAGAACUUCCUCGCCCUCGACGUCGUUUAACAGAAUUUCUGUUAAAAAUGCAUAAUUCUUCCGAUCACAAGACGAAUCAUACAGCAUACCCAGUGUAUCAUUGUAAUUUACAGUUCUUACGUUUUCCAAAAGAAAUUGUUUCUUAUGGGGAACAUCAUUCUGACAAAAAUCGUUCCAUAGUUUCUCACAUAAAAUUAGCAACAGUUAAGUUAAAUGGUCCGACCGGUCCUCAUCAGCAAGGUGUAAUAGACGAUACUCAACCCUUAGAAACUUUACCUUGUGGCUUAGUUGUGCGUAGUAUUGGCUACCGUGGCGUCCGUAUUGAUCCAGACUUGCCAUUCGAUGAACAACAUGGAGUGAUUCUUUGCAAAGAUAAUAAUGGACGCGUAGUUGAUCUACCACAAAUUUCAUAUAGUUUCUCUUUAAGCCCAAUGUAUUGUGCUGGUUGGAUUAAACGUGGUCCAAUUGGUGUAAUUUCUGAUACGGCUGUAGAUGCUCGUCAAACCGCUGAAACUAUUCUUAAAGACUUGUCUGAAUUUGAAAAACGUGGUCAUGUAGAUGUAUUAAACAAACGUGGACUAUCUGUAGUCCAACGUUACCUUAACGAAAGAAGUCAGUUUUUGCCUUUUGACCAUACUUACGAUUUCAUCAUGUUUUUUACACAUGAUAUUAUGUGAGAAAAUUAACAAGUAUCAUUGAUCAAGCUUGAUGUUUCACUCUGUAUUUCUUUUUACCUAUUGAUUACAUAUUUAGACUAAUAGGAGGCUCACUUGGGACAUUUUAAUACUGUUUAUAUUAUUACACUGAUUAUUCACGUUAGUGGUACUCAGUAACCAAGUCUCCAUUUGAUUAUACAACUACCCACUGUUGAAACUAAAUUGGGUGAAAUGAGAUUCUCGCUUUCAACUUAGUCUUUUGAAUUAUAUCUUACUACGAGGAAACCAACAUAAAAAUAUAAUUACCACAGAUUGGGUUGGAAAAUGUACUGGACAUGUAUCUAUCUUUCUCACUAUCAAUGUCAAGCUAUGCAUUUGGUUUGUAAAGCCUUCUGUUACGAGUCUAUACUUUUAAAAAGUCCUGAUCAGGAAGUUCUUCGUAUUACUACAUUAAUUAAAGUCAUCGACUAAUAAAUUUGUAGAUUAAAACGUUGCAUUGAUCUAGUUACCGUAAAUCGGAUUCCAGUUUAUUUCUCUAGACCAGUCGGAAUUUUACAUUCAGGUUGGCAGUUGUAAUUUAUGUCUUCUAACUCAUUUAUCAAUCACUUGAGCAGUCAAUGUUUUCAAUUUCCUGUACACUUAAAACUCAUUGAUUAGUAACUACACUUUUCACUUAAUUAUCGUAUUGAUACAUGUUUGUGAUCCGUGAUAGUUUUUUGAUGAAUUUCACAUGCGUGAAUACAAUUGGUUCAUAAAACAAAUAUCCUAUUACAUAUACUUUCUUAUCGAUUUUACGUUACACUCAUUAGCAUUUCACAAGUGAUAAGUUAUUAGUAAGAGUCGUCACAAAGUUCAUGUUUAGUUUUAUUUUUAUCGUUCGAAUAAUUUUCUUUUCACAGCUUUGUGCAGAAAAUGUGUGAUUUAUUGACCAGUAUAUACGCGAAUAUCUCAUCACUGAUUGACUUAAAUAUUUAGUGAAGUAGCGGUGUAUGUUGUUGUAUAAAAGGGUGUAUACUAAGGUUUACGGAAGCCUUAGCCAUACGAAAAUUCAAACCCAUUUGUAUGUUCAAAAACAGUUUGUUCUCACCUUAAACCCACCCUGGUAAUAUUGGCUUAUUAUCCAUAGUGAUUAGGUUCCAAAUUGUGUCCACAUUAUUAUUAUUACUCUUGUUAUUGUCCUUGUCUCCUCUUACCCCGUUUCCAGUCUAGUUGACCCUUUAUUUUUAUGUAAAAAUGUUCUUAACAAGUAUAAGUGUGAUCAGAUUGUUCGAAAUGUAUUGCGCUAACAUAUCACAUCAUACAAAGGUACAAGGAGGUACCAAAUACAUAUGCGCCACACAAAUCUCAUUCGAUAUGUGUCAGGGGUGUGAUACUGCCCGGGUGCCCAAACCGAAGCAGGUGGUUUUCUUAGGGGGCCACACCCCGAGCCUUUGACCUAAAGGUCUGAUCCACAAAACAGUGGAGUAUCGUAAGGAGAUGCAGUCCCAUGGAAGCCGGUGACCAACAAUUGGUUCAUACGCCAUUUGUUCCUUCAGGAUACUGGAGCCCAUGUGCACUAUUGGUUUGGAAUCCGGUUAAAGCACCGGACAUUCGCUUUUCGUCCUCUCAUUUUCGUAAACAACACCUCCGCCACGAGAAGGCAGUGAGUAGGACUACCCUGGCAGAGGCUAUAUACGCGUGGCCAUGUGAGAGCAUUUCGAGAGGGAGAGCGGACUCUUCCCACUCUCAGCCGUACCAGGGCAUUUGGGGGCAACAUAUCACAUAGUUCUGAUAAUCUUCGUCUUCUCAUUACAUUAUCGAAAUUUAUCAAAGGGACUAAUUACUUUAAAGAAAUAGUGAUAAAUGAAUGAGAAAUUUAAAGUAUGAAUAUAUAAUCAGGACAAAAAUUACUUAUUUUGAAGUUGUUUUAUUUUUUGUAAAGAAUAUAAUGGAAAGUUACGACUGAAUCUUUACGGACCUAUACUCAUCCAUUAAAAUUAUCAAUGAAGGAAAUAAAGAUUAUGAAUUGUGUCACCCUACAGUAUGGUUAUGCUUAGAAAUCAUAAGAAUUGGAAUUAUUUUGUCCUAAAUUAAGAUCUAUGACGGAAAAAUGUGUUUUCUAUUAUUUAAGAAAAUCUGUUAACUAUCUACAAGUUUGUUUGCUCGACUUCCAAUUACUCAUUUCUUGUGUGAGGGUCGGCAGUUUUUUUUGUCCAAACUGAAUUUGAUGGUGUCUAAUUCGAACCUGCAAGCUGUUGAUUCAAAUCUGAGGGUACCACCACAGUAGUAUUAUUCCUCACUAAUAAAAAAUGUAUUCCUUAAAGCUAAUUGCACAAACCUAGAUUUAAUAAUUUGUAGAAUAUAAUUUAUUCGGUCACAGUUUAACGAAAUUCUGAAUGUGUGAUUAUUGUUUGUUCUUCAAUUAAUGUAGAUAUACAUGUUGUAAAAUUUAAAAAUUGGGAACGUAUUGAUGAAGCGGAAAAAUUAGCCGGUCAAAUACUCGAUAAACCAAGAGAAAAAUUGACUACAAUUCAAUCUAUGUUAAAAACAGCUUUUACUGAUGUAGAACAACCUAAAUGAUCUCGCCGAUAGUUUCUAGUUGUAACAUUCUAUUAUUUACUGUAUAAAUACCCUAAGUAGUAGGAUAUCUUUAAUAGUUUGUAUUCUCACUUCAACUCUAAAUUUGUGUAAUGCCAGUUAAAUUUCAUUAUUGCGAUAUUGUAUAAAAGAAAUCAAUUCUUAUUCUGACUUUUAUUUUACUGCAUAUGGUGUCUUCAUGAUAUUGUAUAUAGCCGAAAAUUUUUAAAGUAUUUUCGUAUGUUCAAAUUCUGUGGUAUGGGUAUAUCGUUAGUGAUAAAAUAACUAUAAUAUUUCGGCAUGGAUUACUCAAAAGUAUAAAUUGUACCCAAACAGAAUUAGAUUAUUUUUAACGUGUUCCACAGCAUACCCUAUUUGGAUUCGACUCAACAUUAAACCUACACCAACCUAAAUAGUUAAAGCCUACGCUACCCAUAUAUAACCACCUCCUACCUCAAUAUUCCAUGUAACUCAUCUGCGAAGUACAUGAUUUUAUGAAGGGUUUUAACCACGCUUUGUAUGAAGGCUGACGAUACUACGCGGCUUCCCAAACUGAAAUAAAUGGCACAAGAUUCAAACUUGUAGCCCAUUAAUUGUAUGCCCAGUUGUCUAAUCACAAUACCACUUCUUCAAGUACGUUGUAUUCAUUAAUGUUUGAGUAAGUUGGUAACAGGUUCGAGAUAGCCGAACCAAUUUAUGGUAUCAGUCUGGCGUAGAAGAAUGCUUGAAGCCCUCUAAACCCUGUGUUUGGUUCCUUUUACUGUUUCUUACUUUUCUAUCAUCAUGCAUAUCUUUACUUAGACUUUUUUUAAUUUCUAUCCUGUUUUGAUGUAAUUUGAGGACCGAUAUUUACUUCUGUCACGUUCUACGGUGUUCAUAAAUAAAUGAUUGCAUGUUAAUUCAGU